GAAUCAACGCCAGAGGCGACCCGACUGCGCCUCUCCCCCGCCCCCAUCUAUGACUGGUCCGUGGCAGGCCCACGACUUCGGACCCCAAGCCUGGGCGGCCUGUCUUGGGGGCAGGGGGUGAGAAAAAGGAGGGACGGGUGUGCUUCUCCCGCCUUGGUCGGAUCCUUUCGGUUACUGCCCCCAGGCUGUAACUUCCCCGACGGCUGGCACAGAAUAACGCCAGCUUGGUCAUCUCGGUGACCCUGAGAAAGCGGUGAAGAAGUCUGCGGAACGAACCAGUGACCUCACCCGCAUUUUCCGCUCCAGGGCCUCACCGCUCCCCUCUGCUGACCUCCAUCAUCCCUCCCCUCUUCCUGGAGCCUCGAACGCCUGCUCGCGCCUCGCGCCCUCCAGCUUUCCCGCGCUCUGGCAGCUCUAGCUGCCCCCCUCCGAGCCUCACCUAUACCUGGCACCUCCUUCUGCACCUCUCCAUCAUCCUGUCCUCCCAGCCCCACCCUAGCUUCUUCUUAGGCGCUUCUGUGCUCGCUCGCGGAACCGACUGCUGGAGGCCCGGGGAUGCGCUCCCUGCGAGCUCUCCGGGGAGCUCUGUGUGGACGACCAGGUGGACGGCCUCCCGGGCAGGGAGCAUGGGGUCCCUUGGCCCGGGGUCCCCUCCUUGUUGGAAACGUUCGCCACCAUCCACACGAGGCCACCGCGGCGCAAGGCAGGGAGAUGCUGAACAGCCACCAGCCGCCGCAUCAGAAGGAACAUGAUUCAUCAGAAAGUGGCAUGCUGUCCUGCCUGGGUGACUUGCUCUUCUACACCAUUGCUGAAGGACAAGAAAGGAUCGCCAUCCAUAAGUUUACUGCUGCACUGAAAGCUACUGGACUGCAGACAUCAGACCCCCGGCUCUGGGAUUGUAUGAGCCAGAUGCGGCAGAUGGUUCAAGAUUCCAGCAGUGGGGGUCUCUUAGACCGUGAUCUUUUUAGAAAAUGUGUGAGCAGCAACAUUGUGCUCCUGACCCAGGCAUUCCGAAAAAAGUUCGUCAUUCCUGACUUUGAGGAGUUCACAGAUCAUGUGGAUCGCAUCUUUGAGGAAACCAAAGAACACACAGAAGGCAAGGUGGCAGCCUACAUUCCCCAACUAGCCAAGUCAGAUCCUGAUCUGUGGGGUGUCUCACUAUGCACAGUGGAUGGACAAAGGCACUCAGUAGGACAAACUAAGAUCCCCUUCUGUCUACAGUCCUGUGUGAAGCCCCUCACUUACGCCAUCUCUGUCAGCAACCUGGGCACUGAGUAUGUGCAUAAAUAUGUGGGCAAAGAGCCCAGUGGUCUACGUUACAACAAGCUUUCCCUCAAUGAGGAAGGAAUCCCUCAUAAUCCAAUGGUAAAUGCUGGUGCCAUUGUUGUGAGUUCCCUGGUAAAGAUGGACUGCAAUAAAGCAGAGAAGUUUGAUUUUGUGUUGCAGUAUCUGAACAAAAUGGCAGGAAAUGAAUAUAUGGGCUUCAGCAAUGCUACGUUCCAGUCAGAAAAGGAAACUGGAGAUCGAAAUUAUGCCAUUGGCUAUUAUCUCAAGGAGAAAAAGUGUUUUCCUAAGGGAGUUGACAUGAUGGCCGCAUUGGACCUCUACUUCCAGCUGUGCUCAGUGGAGGUGACAUGUGAAUCGGGCAGUGUCAUGGCGGCCACACUCGCCAAUGGUGGAAUCUGCCCUAUCACAGGCGAGAGUGUGCUGAGUGCUGAAUCUGUUCGCAACACCCUCAGCCUCAUGCAUUCCUGUGGCAUGUAUGACUUCUCUGGACAGUUUGCCUUCCAUGUGGGCCUCCCAGCCAAAUCUGCAGUGUCAGGAGCCAUCUUGCUUGUGGUACCCAAUGUCAUGGGGUUGAUGUGCCUGUCACCCCCUCUGGACAAGGUGGGGAACAGCCUCAGGGGCAUCAGCUUCUGCCAGAAGCUGGUAUCUCUCUUCAACUUCCACAACUAUGACAAUUUGCGGCACUGUGCUAAGAAGCUGGACCCUCGACGUGAAGGAGGAGAAGUACGGAACAAGACUGUGGUGAACCUGCUUUUUGCUGCCUACAGUGGAGAUGUUUCAGCUCUUCGAAGGUUUGCCUUGUCAGCCAUGGACAUGGAACAGAAGGACUAUGACUCCCGCACAGCACUGCAUGUUGCUGCAGCAGAAGGACACCUGGAGGUUGUCAAGUUCCUGGUGGAAGCCUGCAAAGUAAAUCCUUUUGUGAAGGACAGGUGGGGCAACAUUCCCUUGCAUGAUGCUGUGCAGUUCAACCAUCUGGAAGUAGUCAAACUGCUGCAGGAUUACCAGGACUCCUAUACUUUGUCUGAGACUCAGGCUGAGGCAGCAGCUGAAGCCUUAUCUAAGGAAAACCUGGAGAGCAUGGUGUGAUGGGGGUUACCCCCUCCCUUAAACAAGAAUCAACAGGAAUGAAGUCUCCCUGGCUUCAGUGAGGGAAAAGGGGAAGUCAGCUUAAUGUCUUAGGCCAGAGCCUCUUUGAUGAGUAUUCAUACUGUCCCCAGCCCCUUCACCACACCACCCCCAUCAUGAGCCAGAUCCUCCCAUGACCUUUUCAGACAAAGCCCAGAGAGGGGUCCUAGUGGGCACUGCCAGUUUUUGAAUUGGGUUUUGGCCAGAAGGUUUGGGUUUCUGCAUGGUGCAAGUAAGUCCUCUGACUCAAUCAGCAUUCCCAGAGGGUUUACCUAAGUUUCUUCUUAAAUACAGCCAGUUCUCAUUUAAGUAAGUGGACCUUUCCAUAGACCCCCCCUCCUCCCUAUGUCCCCCUUCCCUUGGAGCUCUUGGAGGCUUGCACCUCCCUACCCCAACCCUAGCCAGAGUGGCUUCAGUGUGUACAGUGGAGGACCCCUGGCACACCACCCUGUCACUGCUUGCUGGGAGCCUGAGCCACAGGGAUGGCAGGAGUCAAAUUUGCAUAAUAUGAGAACGGUCUGUAUUCUGUUUCUUCUCCCUGACUCCAUGGUUGAAGAAACAUAUUAAAGAAAGGAAGAGUGCACUGAUGAGGAGCCCUCGGUUACUACACCUCUAAUAAGUAUAUACAGAGAAGAAAUGGGGAAAGCUGAGGAGCCUGGUUUGAAGGAGGCUGAAGUGUACUGUACCCCCUUCAGCCAGGAUAUAAUGCUGCUAAUAGUUCUUUUAUAGACAGAGAAAGUAUUUUGUGAUCAAAUAAAAUUUUAAUUACACAAAUCAA